CUUGAAGUGAACUUAAGCUUUCCGAGUAUUUUCUUUCGCGAGUUUUUACAGUGUGCGCCUCGGCUCGCGCCGCCCGCCGCCGCCGCUGCGCCCCAUCGCAUCGCGUCGCGUCGCUCCCGGUGUCUCGCGGGCGGCAGUCGCCUCGCCCGGUGCCCGUGCAGCUUCCCGGUGUUCCCGGGUCCCGCGGCUGGAGCAGAUCUCCCGCUUCCCAUCCGAUCCGAUCGCGGCCUUCUCUCGCUCCGCCAAGCCUCUCUAUCAUUCCUCAUCCCUGCGCCCAGACCAUCUCAAGGAUGUCCGGACACAGUUACACGAUUCGUCACCUCUUAGAACUGCCGUAUGUGCCUUCGACCCCCAAGAAAAAUCGCUGCUCCCUGUCACCCUCACAUCUGCCUCCUGCUCCUAGCAUUAUGCCUUUCAAGCACUUUCUUCCCCCAUUCGUCCACAAGGAAUACUUGAGGCCGCUUUUCUUGUUCCCCCCGUUACACGUGCACGGUCACAGUCAUCCUUACACGUCAAGUUCUGUGCCUGCGCCUCAAGAUCUGUCGAUUAAAAAGAAGGACGGUUCUCAUAUAAUGAGUAAGGUUGAUGACCCGUCAAGAGGAGUAGCCCAGACCAGAGCAUCAAGCAUUUCUUCUUAUGACAGAGAAUACAAAAUCGAAUCCAAUUUGAAUCAUGGUAAUACUUCCGGGCACCACUCGGCGAAGCGAAAACUAGACAAUAUCCCGAACCCCGUAGGCAAAUCGAAACCCAAUUCCGUGUACAGUAACCGAGACGGCCUGGUAAACUCGGAUGAAGCCCCGUCGAAAAAAAGAAGGAAGCCGAUGAACCGAGACAUCUCAGAGGGUAACCAGCCCAACAAUAUCAACAACAAUAGCUCAAAUAAGAAUAACAAUAGCCAUAAUUUUAAGAACAACAACAUCAAUUGCAGCGCCAAAAAGGCCUUCUUGCUCCCGCAGAAGAAGCGGGCCUUGGUGAGCGGGAACUCUCCCAGCCGGAGUCCGCUCAAGAAGUCGGUCAAGGUCCUCACUCAAGAUGGCUCCGAGACCGUUGACGACGAGACCCUGAUCCGAGAGACAGAGGCUGCCCUCAAGAGUCUAUCGGGAAGCUGGCCCGGCCCGAGAGCCGGCUUCUAUAACAAGGGCUCCGAGCAGGACGAGCGCUACGAGUCGCCCGCCUUCGAGAACCUCUUCGAAGAGAACAAGAACAAGAAGAUAGCUCAAUGCUCGGCGGUGUCCUCCUCGUCGACGACGAGCGACAACUCCGUCUGCUCCCUCAAAGACGUCAUCACUCUGAGAGAGGCCCAGAAUGGCGAGCACAAGAGCUUCGAGUCGGACUCCACGAGCAUCAUCAUCAAGACCGAACCAGACGCGAGCAAGUGGACAAGGCCUAGCAGAGCUAGACCCGUUCAAGACGACAGCAAAUCCAAGAUCAGACCCGCCGAGGACACCACAGAGUCGGAACAACCUCGGCAGCCCGUUAAGAGCAAAGCGGCGCCGCAGAAGCUGAACAGCGAAGGCGACGCCGCCGGGAUAAAGACGGAGAGACUGCCUCACUACGAGACGGACUUCAACGAGCUCGUCGACGACUCGUCCAACGAGCUGGAGAUCGACAUGUCCGACCCGAGCGAGAAGGACGCCAGGAAAGACUGCCCGGAGAAGAAGCCCAGGAUCAAAGUGGAGACGGACCUCCAGACCCAAGGCACGUACCCGUCGUACGGGAGCAACAAGGACGUCGAGAAGACGUUCUCGCAGACGUCGGCGUUUCGACCCGUCGGCGUCGGGGCGGACGCCUCCAAGGACGGCAAGCCCCGCGUCUCGGACACGAUGAGCAUGGCCCCGAUCGGGAUCGGGCCGUACCCGCCGGCCGUGGCCACCUUCGUCGGCUACCCCGGGGCCCCCGUGCCGGACAUGGCGUCGCCCGGCAACCCCAUGGUCGACGCCAAGUCGCCGCCCUCGGGCGUCCACCUGCUCCACCUCAAGUCCUCGGUCGUCAAGUCGGAGGACGACAUGGACACGAGGAGCUCCAUCGCGUCGACCACCUCCAUGCCUGUCUCGGGAAGCGGGCCCGGCUCGGUUUCCCAGGAGCGUACCAAGAGCGAGCCGCCGGCGUCCAUCGCCUCGCCGGACAUGAUGUCCUCGAAGCAGUACAUCACCCUCCAACCGGCGGCCGGGUCCAGGGCUGCCACUGCCAUCCAGGAGGUGGCGCGGGAAGGAGUGCUCAGCGUGUCCGCUGUCAGCAGCACCAGUUCGCAGAGUCCCGGAGUCGAGUCGCCAGCUUCUAGGUCCUUGAGUGAUUCCAUUCGGGGCGGACCGUUCUCACCCUCUAGUAAAGAGGGUAGUAAAUGCCCAACUCCCGGUUGCAACGGUCAAGGACAUGUGACAGGUCUCUACUCGCAUCACAGAAGCUUGUCCGGAUGUCCACGAAAAGACAAACUCACGCCAGAAAUACUGGCGAUGCAUGAGACGAUCCUGAAAUGUCCGACCGCGGGUUGUAACGGAAGAGGCCACGUCAGUUCUAAUAGAAAUACCCACCGAAGUUUAUCUGGCUGUCCAAUUGCAGCGGCCAACAAGCAGGCAGCCAGAGAACAAAACAGACAAAGACUCCAUCACCACCAACCCACGUCUUUGCAAUCAGUGAUCUCUGAUUGUCAGUCGGAGUGCGGGGAUUUGAAGACAGGGCUCCCGAUGAACAUGUCACCUGCCGACUCGAAACUCGGCUGCUACACGAUGCCCGGCUACGGCGAGCACCAGCUCAGCGCCCGGGGCCUCGAGUACAUGCCCACCACCUACUUCUCGAGCCCGCCCUCGAAAGCCCAGAUGAAGCCGACCAAGAUCCUCCAAUCGGAGGAGGCCGCCGGCCCCGGGCAGGGCGACAAACUGAGCUCGCUCAAGACGGAGCCAAUCACAAGCGGGAGCAACAGCAACAGCUCCAGCGGGAGCACUCCGAAGAGCACGACGCGCACCGAGCCGAGCAUCAAAACCGAGAUGAUCCGCCCCAACAGCGCCCUCUCGUGCAAGUCCCCGUCGGCCCCGACCCCGACGCCGGCCACCUCCGCCCCCGUCUCCACGACCUCCACCUCCAACUUCCGACAGCUGACCGCCUCCACGCCGACGAGCGUCUACGACCACUACAUGAGCCACGACUCCAACUCCUCGACCGUCUCCAGCGUGGACCCGCUCACCCAGGGCGCCGGGCACCUCCAGCCGCUCCCGCCCAACGCGGGCCUCCAGCCGCCUCCACCCCCGCCGCCGCCUCCGCCGCACUACGGCGCGCUCCUCGAGGAGUCGGCUCGGAUCCAGCACCGCGCCGCCUACGACCCGAGCGGCCUCUCCGGCGACGAGCUCUACCACCGCGAGCAGUCCCGCUAUCAAACGCUCGCCGCCGCCGGGAACAUCAACCGACCCGUGGCCGCCUACUCGACGGCCGGUUACGAUGUCGGCGUGGGUGGUCACCGGCCCUACGACCCGGGCAGCGGCUACGAACGCUACGACACGGCCCAGCAGACGUGUCAGCCUUGUCAGCCGUGCCAGCCGCAGCCUCAGCGCUAUCCGACCGAGUACAUGGACCAGGACAUGGCCGGCUACGAGCACCACCACCACCACCAUCACUUGAACAACGUCAUCAAGGCGGAUCUCGCUCAGAACUCGGACUCCACGGAGACGCCUCUGUAUCCUAGGCCAGUGUACCAUUACGACCCUUCCUCCUUGCCGGCGGGUUUUCCGGCAGCCGCUGCGAUCAACUUGUCGGUGAAGUGCAUCGCAGCGGCACAGCUCAAAGCGGCUACUCAACAGCAGCGCUCCCCUUCUGUUAUGGACCUCUCUACCUCUAGUGUUACCUCUACCAGUCCCCAGGCACCGGCCUACGGCUCCAACAGCCUGAGCCCUCACUACGGCCAGCGAGGGAGUCCACAAGCAGCAACUAGUCCUCACCUCACAUCUAGUCCUCAAGUUCCUAGUCCUCAAGGACAAACCCUGGAUCUCAGCGUAAGCGGAAGACCGGGAGCGCGACCAGUCUUCGGAGCCGGCACACCAGGAGCCAGCGCAGGAGCCUAUAGUAGAGACAGCACCCCCGACAGUGGCACAUCUCACUAUCUAGUCGAAUCCUACCGGGACGUAAAUGGCUACGCUACGAUGAGUCCGCAUCCAGGGUACCCAAUGGCAGGAAGUGAAUAUGCAACAAAUGGCUACUCACCGUACUCCAAUCCGUAUUCCUGUGGCUACCCCACCGGAUCGUAUCCUACUCCAGGGGGAGGCUACUCGCCCUCUCCUUGCUACAACAUGGGUCCACCGCAGCACGAUAAAAUAUCCGGCUCCCAAAAAGACGAUAGCCUUCCGAAUUGUGGGCGAAAUCCCCUGCAUUCACAUUCUCAGGAAUUGAAAUGCCCAACCCCUGGCUGUGAUGGCUCUGGUCAUGUGACCGGCAAUUAUUCAUCUCAUAGAUCACUAUCAGGUUGCCCAAGAGCAAAUAAGCCCAAAAGCAAACCGAGAGAUGGACAAGACUCUGAGCCCUUAAGAUGUCCAAUUCCAGGCUGUGAUGGAUCUGGUCAUGCGACAGGAAAAUUCUUAUCUCAUAGAAGUGCAAGUGGAUGUCCAAUAGCAAACCGGAAUAAAAUGAGGGUCCUUGAGAGUGGUGGCACAGUGGAACAACACAAAGCCGCCUUGGCUGCUGUCUCUGCAGCAACUAAGUUAGACUGCCCAACGCCAGGAUGCGAUGGAGGUGGUCACUUGAAUAACUCUUUUUUAACUCACCGCUCAGUAGCUGGCUGCCCAAAUCAAUUUUCAACCAAGAAACAGAUAUCCGGACCGGAUCUUUAUCAUAUGUACCAAAAACCCCCCUCUAGUGAGUAUCUUAGCCAGCCUGUAUGGAAUCUGCUCAAUUGAGAGUAUUGGGAAAUGAAUUAAUUUUUCUCCAAAAGACGCAACCCUUAGUUUUUUAAAAAGUAAAUACGAUUAAUUGUAUCAAUUUUGUAGCAAAAUUUACAGCAUCGAUGUUAUCGGUUUGUCUCUAACAUCAUCCCUUGUACAGUAAUUCAUAAAGCGUAAUUGAUCUAGAUAACAAUUUUGUACAUUUGUGAAUUGUGAAUAGUCACUUUCAAUUUUUUUUUAAAGUAUUUGUACAAAUGUAAAGAUGAAGAGGCUGUAGCCUCAACGAUCCCAUGGACUUGUUGUGAAAAAUCAAAUCGGGGUUUUUACAAAUAAUAAUGCAACAAAUAUAUUCUGUGGGGAAAAGGUCAAAUCAAUCUGCUUCUCACUCUCCUUAAUUGUAACAUUAUUUCCGUAAUACAUGUUGAAUGAACAACUCUCUAAUUUUCAUAUCACGUAUUAAAUCCUUUUGUCUUUUUCCUCCUUCUUCACUUAUUGUUCUUUGCAUUGAAUUAACAAGUAUAUGCUCAAGAGACUGUUUACUCAGCAUUUUAUAUUGUAUGAACUGUGUUUUGGUGGUCUCUCCAUCUUAUGAAUUAUGUUAGUUGAGGAAAUUAGAAACUAUGUAAUAUCUUGAGGAGGAAGUAAUGAGUCUGCUUUCUGUAAAAAAAGAAGAAGAAAACCAUUGUCAAAGCUGAUGAAAGUAUUUGUAAUAGAAUUUAUUUUUAGCAGUGGUACUGCAAGGUUCACAUGCACAGAAUUGAAGUUAUCACACAAGCUUGUAUGUUCCAAUGAUUUAAGAGAUUCAAAGUCACAUGUGGGAGCAGAAAUCGGGAAGUUGUAUUUGUUUGUAUUGGACCGUUCAUCCUAGUCCAUGAUUCCUACAUGGUUUGAAUAUUCCUGUAAGCUGGCAGCAUUUAGAUUUUAGACAGUAAUCAAACAUCUUCACCAGAUGGAAACUAAUUAUUUCAAGCACAUUAAUACAGUAAAAUCUGCGCAAGUGGACACGUAUGUUCAGUGGAAACUUGCCUUAGCAACUAUAGAUUAUUUUUGAUUUCAAAAUCACAUUUUUGCAGUUAACAUUAAGUUUUACCCUUCUUUUUAUUUGCUUUAUUCUGUGCACCUUUUUGAGGUGUUACGUGUUUACUCUAACUGUGUGUAGCAUCUCAGAAGAGCAGUCUAAUGGAUAACUUGGCCAAAUUAUGAUUACCUAAUCGCUAUAGCAGAUUCCUCCAACAUCAAAACAGCAAUAAUUAUCGAAAAGUCGCUUCCUCUGCUGUUUCAUUCUCUCUGGACUUAAGGUAAUUGUUAAGAUGAAUUCAAAUCUGAACUCUACAUCUUAGCUCGAAGCUAAUUCCUUUUCUAAUCCUCAGUUAGUGUGUCACUGUCUUUUGUGGUUGGUUCUAUUUUUCACUCCUUUGUGUGAAACUAGGAUACACAAAUUUUGCUUUACAGCAUUGCGAAACUCCCCUACACAUUUCUUCUUGUAAAGGAGAAUCUGUAAUUAUCAUCUUGCAUAGUUUUUGUGAAUUUUAUUUCUUUGUUGAGAGAAUCUAUUAAAAAUCUUGGAGAACCAUAAUAUAAAUGGACAUUUUCGGUGGAAGUGUGAGUGAAAACCGCAAGCAAGAUGAUUGUUUUUCUAGUUUCACCAUCGCCCUGCUUCUCUGAAUAUUUAUCUUGCCUAUUUUAUCCUGCUCCUAUUUCUUCAACAUCGUCUUAGAUCUUCUUCCUUUCGUGUUACAGUUUUUCAAUAGUCUCCCCAGUUGCACCCUUUUCUGUUCACUGAUUCAUUCAUAUGCCUGAAAACUCAGCAUGUGGUAUAGUUCUCAAUCGCAACUAGUUGAAUUUUUUAAUACAUUUUGGAAUUUGGCUGUAAAUGAAUCUAGUUAACUUUUAUAGAGGAGUUAACAAGGAAUAUUUUGCCCUCUUUACUGGUCCCAACUCCCUGGUAUUCUUCAGAAUCCCUACCAUUUUCAGCAGAAUUAUUUGAUUAGUGAUUACAAAUAUUAUAUUUUUUUGGCUUUAUUCUCUCUGUAGCAAGUAUAAGUGAUGUACCACCAGAACUGUUGCUAAUUGUUUAUCUCAUUCAUAAGUCUAUUUAAAUGAAAAGUUCAACCAAUCCAAUUUCCAUGCCGGAAACUAUUUGUUCUUUUUCAUAUUACCUUGAGUUGUCCACUUAAGCCCAGGUUUUACUGUAUACACUGUUUUCUAAAAUCUUUGCUGUAAGGCAAAACAAGUUUUUUAAUGGAAUCGUCUCUAUCCAUUUAAUUUGCUCAAGACCAACCACAUGGGUGUCAACAUCCCUUUUUUGAUCAUGAUUUUGUAACAUCGGAUAUUAAUACAAAUCACAUUUACCAAUCCAUGUGUUAUUACGUGUAACAAAAUUCUUCAAAGUAUUUCUUUACUUUCUCCUCAUUUUCGCUUAUAUUUCAAAUUCUCUCUGAUCAAAGUAUCAAUGACUC